AGUAUGGUGUCUUGAGCUUGAGUUCGCUGGUUUUACCGUCAGUCGGGAAGCAUGAAUAACAAGCAGAGAGCUUCGUCGGUUCACCAUCACAGCACGCCCUGUACCCGCAUCCACCAGAUCGGCGCUCUCCUUCUCGUAGCGGCCACCUUCUUCUUCACCAGACUUUUUGACAAUUCAUUUUCCCUGUGCAACUUCAAUCACAACCUCGCAUCACAGAACGCCGUCGUUCGCAUCCCCGACGGUAACGGUGGAGCUCCAUCCUGGCCGGAGAGAGGGUACGGAUCCCGCCUAUCCCUCAAGAUCUAUGUCUACGACGAGAACGAGAUCGACGGCUUGAAGGCAUUGUUGUACGGCAGGGAUGGAACCGUCGCCGCUAGUGCCUGCCUCAAAGGCCAAUGGGGCACUCAGGUUAAAAUACACAGCUUACUUCUACAAUCUCAAUUCCGUACAAAAAAGAAGGAGGAAGCAGAUUUAUUCUUUGUGCCAGCUUAUGUUAAAUGUGUUCGGAUGGUGGGUGCUCUUAAUGACAAAGAGAUUAAUCAGACAUAUGUCAAGGUUUUGAGCCAAAUGCCCUACUUUAGGCGGUCUGGGGGACGUGACCACAUAUUUGUUUUCCCAAGUGGUGCUGGAGCUCACAUGUUUAGAUCUUGGGCAACAUACAUAAAUCGUUCCAUAAUUCUUACCCCUGAGGGAGACCGCACUGAUAAAAGAGGCACAAGUGCCUUUAAUACAUGGAAAGACAUCAUCAUCCCUGGAAAUAUUGAUGAUGGAAUGACUAAGGAUGGGGCUAGGAUGGUCCAGCCAUUGCCCCUAUCAGAACGAAAGUAUUUGGCUAACUAUUUAGGUCGGGCACAGAAAAAGGUUGGUCGUCUUAAGUUGAUUGAGCUUGCCAAACAAUAUCCAGAUAAGUUGGAAUCUCCAGAGUUGAACUUCAGUGGCCCUAACAAAUUCGGAAGACUGGAAUAUUUUCAACACCUGCGCAAUGCCAAAUUCUGCCUUGCUCCACGAGGAGAAUCAUCCUGGACCCUUCGCUUUUAUGAGUCAUUUUUUGUGGAGUGUGUCCCAGUUAUCCUCUCUGAUCAAGUAGAAUUGCCUUUCCAGAAUGUCAUUGACUACACCCAAAUAUCAAUCAAAUGGCCAUCCACUCUAAUAGGUCCUCAACUCCUGGACUACCUAGCUUCAAUCCCAGAUGAAGAUAUUGAAGCCAUGAUAGCUCGUGGUAGACAAGUAAGAUGCCUAUGGGUUUAUGCCCCAGAAUCAAAGCCAUGUUCUGCAAUGCAAGGAAUAUUGUGGGAACUUCAGAGGAAAGUGAGGCAAUUCCAUCAUUCAACUGAAACAUUUUGGCUGCAUAACAAAACUAUUGUCAAUAGAAACCUGGUCGAAUUCUCUUACUGGAAACCUCCUAUGCCGCUGCCUUAAUCAUGCAUGGGAUCAAUUAUACCGGCUACGAAAUUGUAAGACUAAUAUUUGGAUUCACUAAUCUUUAGUUGUAAAGCAUUUUUCACUUGCCAAAGUCCUAAAAUCUUCAAUUUGAUGAAUGUUGUAAAGACGGCUUGAAAUCCUUGUAUACUUUCUUGUAAUGGAAAUUAUCUAAUGAAGUAAUAAUUGUUUU